AUGUUUCUACUCGUAUCUGUAUUAGUAUGCCUUUUACAGGAUUGCUCAGAACAUUUGGAUUCCGGAAAAGGAUCAGGGAUUUAUCUAAUUUCACCGAGUGGUGCCGUACCAUUUCCAGUUUUUUGCGAUCAAGAGACGGCUGGUGGAGGUUGGACGGUUAUUCAGAGACGUGUAAGCAGUAAGGUUCACUUUCACAAUCGUACAUGGGACGAUUGUGUCAAAGCACGAAUUGAUGCAGUCGUUUUCGCUGCAGAUGCUGGGGCGUGCCAGUGGCUGUGCUUGGCCUUACACUCCUCAACUUUUGAGUCUUAUUGGCUUGGGCUUGAAAAAGUCCAUCAUUUGGCUCCUCGGACCGGUGACAGUUGGAUUUUACGGAUUGAAUUAAACGGAGAUUACUGCGCGGGUCAUGGAUGUAUUGGCCAAAGUGACGGUUAUUGGUGGGCAGAAUGGCCUUUCAAGCUUGGUGACGCAUCGCAACUUUAUCUGCUCGAAUUAGGCAGCGUAAUUCGUGGAAAUCUCACAGAUGAAAAUUCUGAUUUUUUCCAACGCAACAACGGGCACCCAUUUACGACCGUGGAUAGAGACAACGACGAUGCUGGCUCGAACUGCGCUCAGACACGGAAUCACGGAUUUGUUUCUGCCUUCCUUGAAUGGUGGCAUCAAAAGUGCGGCAAUGUAGCUCUGAAUGGCUUAUACGGAGACACAACAGCGCUGCAUCGCAACAUGAUGUUCGUAUAUCAAAUGUGA